GUUAUAUUAUUUGUGUUAUAGUUAGUGCAUAAUUAAUAGGUGCAUAAAUAAAACAAUUUUGUGAAUGGUUAAUUUUCUUUAAUUCUUCGUUAAUCAUGUUUUCUAAAAUCAUAUGGAUCGCCAUCAUCACAGUAUCAGUCGCAUCACCUCUGCCUUACGAAUCAUCAACGAAGAAACCAGAUGCCUUCAUAUACAUAGUUACAGAAAAACCAAUAAAUACUUAUUUGCCUACUCGAAGAAGUCAUCACUCAAGCACUCCACAAUAUUACCCAACUCGAGAAAAUGAUCCUGUCCCUGACGACGCCUAUGGGGUCAAUUAUUACCCUCGGACAUUUUAUCACAGACGGAUGAGGCCCUCGUACGGACCCAAUUUUCAAACGUCCGGUCCUUACGCACCUGGAUACGGAUACGUGUACACAUUUUGCGCUCCGAACUGCAGGAGGAUCUAUAGGAGAAGAUAUAUAUUUCCGAUUUGUUAUCCUAUUUGAUUUUUGGAAAAGUGAUACAUUGUGUGCUAUUUAAACUUGGA